GCAUAGGUUAUCAAAAUGCUGACAUCUGUUCUGUCGAGCGGUUUCAAUAAACUUACAAAGAACGGCAUUAUCAGGAAAUAUAAUCACGAUUCGCCAACCGAACCGGGCUCAGUGCGCGAAAGACAGAUUCAGAACAUCGCAUCGAUUUUCAUCAUGAGAUUAUUCGCAACCGUUAUUCUGCUUUCUAUCGGCCUGAUAGCUACAACCACCGCAAGAAGCAUUAACAGUGACGAACAGGAUGACGAAUCAACGUUUUCGAAACAGGAUCUUCAGCAAAUACUUGGCGAUAUUCAAACGACUUGUUACAAUCAUACCGGCUCCAAUGCUACCUACGAAUCAAUAGUUUACCACAUCUAUGCAAUUCCGGUUUGCGUUAUGAUGAAUUGGGAUGUUCAAAAUUUCAUCGAAGAUGUGGAAAAUUUGAACUCGUUCGCCCGUUAUUGGUUCUUUCCCAAAUACUGUCCUCAGGUACGCAGUGCUUUGCAAUGUAUCGAGACUCCACUGAGAGAAUUGCGCAAAUGCCUCGAUGAGGACGAUACCGCCAUAUUGAGAGCCAUAAGUCACGCCUUGCCAGAGACAAUCGAUUUGAUAUGUGAUAAUAACGGAGAAUUACUGUUUGCGCAGGACACAAACUACAAGACGUGCUUCGACAGCUUAACCAACUAUAUCGAGCAAUGUAACGGAACAAUCUCGAGCGAAACCGAUGCCAUGAAAAUGGCCAAGUACGGCCCAACUCAGUGUGACGAGAUCGUCAAUUUCCGAAAGUGUAUGAAGGAGAAAAUGGAUCACUGCGGUGGGCCUCGAUUGAUGGAUGUGUUCGAUGUGUUAUAUCGGGCUUUUGCCAGGGCCAGUCCGUGCAAUAAUUUCAUACUAUUACCCGGUCAGAAGGAUGAUCAUACUCUUGACGAGGAAGAAAAUGAAAUUCGCCAUUUUUGAGAUUGGAAAAAAUGGCGACAACCGAAAAAAUAUUAAUUGUUAACUCUACAUUUUUUGUUGUUUUAAUGAACUUAUGAAAUACACAUUGAUAAAAAUC